CGGGUUUAGUCCCGGUAGUUGUGCAGUUUGUUCGGAGCUGUAGAAAUCGGCUGAAGCAAGGGUUUUCACUGUUGUAUUAGCUACUCGUUCCAAAGUAAAUAAGUCAAUAAUGCUACGUUUGCCAACUGUUCUGCGCCAGGUAAGACCUGUAUCCCGUCUACUUGCACCUCAUCUCACACGGGCUUAUGCCAAAGAUGUGAAAUUCGGAUCCGAAGCUCGGGCUAUGAUGCUGAAAGGGGUUGAUCUUCUAGCCGAUGCUGUGGCUGUAACCAUGGGACCAAAGGGCCGAACAGUUAUUCUGGAACAGAGUUGGGGGAGUCCUAAAGUGACAAAAGAUGGAGUAACAGUAGCUAAAGCAAUAGAUUUAAAAGAUAAGUACCAAAAUAUUGGUGCUAAGCUAGUACAAGAUGUUGCCAACAAUACAAAUGAAGAGGCAGGUGAUGGAACCACCACAGCAACUGUUCUUGCAAGAGCCAUUGCCAAAGAGGGAUUUGAAAAGAUCAGUAAAGGAGCUAAUCCAGUGGAGAUAAGACGAGGUGUAAUGUUGGCUGUAGAUACAGUAAUUGGUGAGCUGAAGAAGAUGUCUAAACCAGUCACAACCCCUGAAGAAAUUGCUCAGGUGGCAACUAUUUCAGCCAAUGGAGAUAAAGAAAUUGGUGAGCUCAUUUCUGAUGCAAUGAAAAAGGUUGGCCGGAAUGGUGUCAUCACAGUCAAGGAUGGCAAAACACUCCAUGAUGAGCUUGAAAUUAUUGAAGGAAUGAAGUUUGAUAGAGGUUACAUCUCACCAUACUUCAUCAACACGGCUAAAGGUCAGAAAUGUGAAUUCCAGGAUGCUUACCUUCUGCUUAGUGAAAAGAAAAUUUCAAAUGUACAGUCCAUUGUACCUGCCUUAGAGAUUGCCAAUGCACACCGCAAACCUGUAGUUAUUGUUGCUGAAGAUAUCGAUGGAGAAGCACUCAGCACCUUGGUUUUGAAUAGAUUGAAGGUUGGUUUACAGGUUGUGGCUGUAAAGGCACCUGGAUUUGGUGACAAUAGGAAGAAUCAACUGAAGGACAUGGCAAUUGCUACUGGUGGUACAGUAUUUGGAGAUGAGGCCCUUGGACUGAAUGUAGAGGAUAUCCAGGCCCAUGACUUUGGUAAAGUUGGUGAAGUUGUAGUUACCAAAGAUGACACCAUGCUGUUGAAAGGCAAGGGUGACAAGAGUGCCAUUGAACAGCGCAUCCAAGAAAUCACAGAAACUUUAGAAGUUACAACAAGUGAUUAUGAGAAGGAAAAACUAAAUGAAAGGCUGGCCAAAUUAUCUGAUGGUGUGGCAGUACUAAAGAUUGGUGGUACAAGUGACGUGGAGGUGAAUGAGAAGAAAGACAGAGUGACUGAUGCACUUAAUGCUACUCGAGCUGCUGUGGAGGAGGGUAUUGUUGUUGGUGGUGGAUGUGCUCUACUGCGGUGCAUUCCAGCAUUGGGUGAUCUCCGGCCAGUAAAUGAAGACCAAAAAGUUGGAAUUGACAUUGUCAGCAAAGCUCUCAAAGUACCUGCUAUUACAAUAGUCAAAAAUGCUGGGGUUGAAGGAAGCUUGAUUGUGGAGAAGAUACUACAGAGUCCACCAGAGAUUGGCUAUGAUGCAAUGGCUGGGGAAUUUGUAAAGAUGGUAGAAAAAGGAAUAAUUGAUCCCACAAAGGUUGUGAGGACUGCCUUGCUGGAUGCAGCUGGUGUGGCAUCUCUCUUAGCAACAGCAGAAACUGUAGUCACAGAACUUCCAAAGGAGGAUAAAGCACAAGGAAUGGGGGGUAUGGGUGGCAUGGGUGGUGCAGGUAUGGGUGGUGAUAUGUUUUAAUUCCUGUGAAAAGUGACUGACAUGUUAAUAGGCUCAGUUGAAUGGCUGCUUCCUGUAGAAAAAUCACCAGAUAAAUGAACAUUAAACCAGGCUGAAUGGAAAAUAGUUAACAUUGAAAUACUUGUAAUUAAGGUUAGUACAGCCAUGUUGGACUGUGCUAGAUAUCAUAAGCAACUUUGUUUACUGCCCUGUCAGUACUAUAUUGUAAUUUAUUUUAUAUUGAAUUAAAGUCAACAUUUGUACAUUCCUUUUAAAGUACUGUAAGUGUAACCCACCUGAGAUUCUUUGGUUUUAUGGUAACAGUAUUCUACUGACAAUUUUAAAGUUAAAUGAUCAAGGCAGGUUUUCUGUGAAAAACAAGACUCUGAUCUGUGCCCUCAAGUGCAGUACAAAAGUAUAUCAUGUAAUAUUGCCAUAAAUAAAGCAAAUGGCUAUCAUAUUGA